GUGUCGAUACUCGCUAAUCUUGAUAUUCAUUUUUAUCGAUAUUUAUUAGUCUCGUUUCAAUUAGUUUCAUAUACUUUACUACUCCAAUGAAAGACCGACCAACCAGAAGAUCUAUUCUAGUAGCGAGUGAGAAAAACGCUGGUCAGAGCACUUCUGGUAGGCUAUGCUAUGGGUUUACAUUCUCAUUCGACUCAAUGGUCAGGUUUGCUGCAGUGAAUACUUUAACAAGUGUUACUGCACCAGUCUGUGUUGUUCAUUAAUGCGGUUUUAAUGUUUCUGGAUAAAACACUAACAUGAACCAUAGACACUUCAAACCAGCAUGGCUCUACAGACUUGACGGACGCACAGAGGUUGGUAGCUGCCAGUUCGGCUGGUUCCAAAAUGCAUGCUACCUCUCAAUCAAGUUUUUCCAACUUUAAUGUUCCAAUGGCCAAUUUUCAUCAGCAAGUUCUGCUACAAUAUGCUGCUAUGCAUGCUGCUGCAUCGUCAUCUGCAAAUUCAAGUGUCACUGCUGCAGCAGUUGCAGCAGUUGCAGGAUCUCUAAACUCUGCUGGAGGAAUUCGACCAAUGGGACUGCGAUCUGCCUUUUCUACUCUGUCUUCUGAUUCUUCAUUGAUAGACAUGUCUUCACAGCCCCUGUUUUCAAAAGAUGCUUUGCGAGCUUUAAUGCGUCAGGUAGAUGCAGAACAAAAGUUGGAUGUGGACGUGGAAGAUCUACUCUUGGAUGUUGCCAGUGAUUUUGUACUUAAAGUAGCGCAUAGUUCUUGUCUAUUGGCAAAGCACCGUCAUUCAACAACGCUGGAAUUGAAAGACGCUCAGUUACAUUUAGAUCGCAACUAUGAUAUUCGUGUGCCUGGAUUUGGUGAAGAGCUUCCUGAAAUUACUCGGAGACGCAAGACCGGACAGCGAGUUCACGCUAGCCGCAUACUACAUAUUCGUGAGACAAUUCGUAAAUCUAGCAUGAUAAAGCGGUCUGAGCGUCUGCGAGCCAAAAAACGCAAUUAGUGAAUAUUUUUAAUCAUGCCAAGCUUGAUUUGAAACCAUUUUGCUUUGGAAUACACAAUGGUUAAAUACUCGUUGCAAUUUCCUACUACAAAUUAACUGCUUCAAUAAACACGAUCAAACUAUGAUUUUCAACCGAG